AUGGCAAACUUUCGACGGUUUCGGCCAGACGAUCUCAACAAAUUGUCAAAAUGCAACCUCGACCCCUUCACCGAGACAUAUGAGCUCGGAUUCUACCUGCAAUACUACGCAAAAUGGCCAUCACUCUUCCAGGUCGCCGAGGACCAGCACGGCAACAUUAUAGGUUAUAUAAUGGGCAAGCUCGAGUCCUCGCCUGACGUCUACCGCUUCUCGGAACACUACCUGCCCUGGCACGCCCACAUCACUGCCGUGACGGUGGCCCCAGAGGCACGACGUCUCGGCAUCGGCAGGCUGCUAACGGAGCAGCUUGAGGCGGCUGCUGAUGCAAACAACGCCUGGUUUGUCGACCUGUUUGUGCGCACAACCAACCACAAGGCCAUUGCCUUCUACAAGAGCAUGGGCUACAGCAUCUACCGCGUGGUCAAGGACUACUAUGGUGACAACUUGGGGGACCCCAGUCUCCCGAGCGAAGAUGCCUACGACAUGCGCAAGCCAAUGAAGAGAGACGUGAAGAGGGAGCAUAUAAGGGAGGACGGCGAGAAGCAUGAGGUCGACCCCAGCGACGUCUGGUGA